AAGAUUAUAUACAAAUUUGGCAACAACUAGAAUCAAUAGAUUCUUUGCAAAUUGAAGGUAUAGAAAAUUUGCUUGCUUCUUUUAAUAGGUUCUUGAAUAAUAUAUCUAUAAAUUCUAAAAAUGAUACCAGUUUUAUAUAUCUUUAUAAAAAUGCAACAUUGAAAUCUACAGAUAUUAUUCAUGCAGAUUCAUCAUAUAAUAACAAUCUGUGGAUUAGAGAUAUCACAAUUGUAAUAAAUACAAAUGAGUUUAACAAUUAA